AUGGCCAAACGUGAAGAGUUAUACAUAAAUCUAUUACGAAGUUAUGCACAAGACUCAAACUUUCUAAAGGGAACAGCAAUUCAUGCGUAUUUCAUCAAAGGGCAUAUCCCAUUUACACUUUUUCUUCAAAACCAUUUACUUAACAUGUAUAUUAAAUGUAAAGAUCUUACUUCUGCACUCCAACUGUUCGAUGAAAUGCCUGAAAGAAAUGUCGUGUCGUGGUCUUCUGUAAUGACGGGUUGCGUCCAUAAUGGCGGUGCUUCCGAUGCUCUUUCGUUAUUUAGUUGUAUGCACCGUGAGGGAUUCGUGAAACCGAAUGAGUUUACGUUUGUUAGUGCUCUUCAAGCUUGUUCGUUAAGCGAAAAUGUGACGCAGGCUUAUCAGAUUUAUUCGUUAGUGGUGAGGUCGGGACUGGAGUGUAAUGUCUUCUUGCUUAACGCGUUUUUGACUGCAUUAGUCAGGAAUGGUAAAUUGACAGAGGCUUUGCAAAUAUUUGAGACAAGUCCUAUUAGGGAUACUGUAACAUGGAAUACUAUGAUGGGGGGUUACUUGGAGUUUUCAUCUGAACAGAUUCCAGUAUUUUGGAGAUACAUGAAUCGUGAGGGUGUAAAGCCGGAUGAGUUCACUUUUGCUAGUGCCUUGACGGGGUUGGCUACGAUCUCCUCUCUUAAAAUGGGAAUGCAAGUUCAUGCACAACUUGUUAGGAGUGGUUAUGGGGAUGACAUUUGUGUAGGGAAUUCUUUAGUUGACAUGUAUUUAAAAAAUCAAAAGUUGGAGGAGGGUUUCAAAGCAUUUGAUGAGAUUCCUCAUAAAGAUGUAUGCUCUUGGACUCAAAUGGCUGAUGGGUGUUUACAGUGGGGGGAGCCAAGGAUGGCACUUGCAGUCAUUGCAAAAAUGAAAAAAAUGGGCGUCAAGCCAAAUAAAUUUACCUUGGCAACUGCUCUAAAUGCUUGUGCCUGUUUAGCUUCAAUGGAGGAAGGGAAACAAUUUCAUGGGUUGAGGAUCAAACUUGGAAGUGACGUUGAUGUUUGUGUUGAUAAUGCUCUUCUUGACAUGUAUGCAAAAUGUGGAUGCAUGGAUAGUGCAUGGACUGUUUUUCGAUCCACGAAUUCUCGUUCAGUUGUCUCAUGGACAACAAUGAUAAUGGCAUGUGCUCAAAAUGGCCAACCCGGAGAAGCUCUUCAAAUUUUUGAUGAAAUGAAGGAAACGAGUGUAGAACCAAAUUACAUCACCUUCAUUUGUGUUCUUUAUGCAUGCAGUCAAGGCGGGUUUGUUGAUGAAGGUUGGAAGUAUCUUUCGUCCAUGGAUAAAGACUAUGGAAUCAUUCCUGGAGAAGAUCACUACAUUUGUAUGGUGAGUAUCCUAGGCCGGGCUGGACUUAUCAAAGAAGCUAAGGAGUUAAUCUUAAGAAUGCCAUUUCACCCUGGUGUUCGGGUUUGGCAAACAUUGCUUAGUGCUUGUCAGAUUCACGGGGAUGUAGAGACUGGGAAACUUGCAGCAGAACAUGCUAUAAAACAUGACAAAAAUGACCCGUCAUCUUAUGUAUUAUUGUCCAACAUGUUGGCUGAAACGAGCAAUUGGGAUUGUGUGAAUGCAUCAGGGAUUGCUGCUUAUGCUUUGCAGGAAUGUGAGAAUUUGAAGAAAGAAGCUUUGGGUUCAAAUUUGGGAUGCUUGAUGAAGAAGGUUUACAUGUAUAGGCUUUCUCGUUAUGGAUACAUGGUGAAAAUGAUCUGGCUCUCUAUGUAUGAAUAUGAGAUAAUUCAUGCUUUUGAAGUUUCUGCAAAUUAUGCUUGCUUUUCAUUUCGUUUGCGGUAUGCUGCGGUUGGUAUCACAGAGGAAGAAAGGCAAAUGAGAUGUGAAGAGAGAUUAUCUACAUGUUUGAAGGACUUCAAACAAUUUAUUGAUGCAAUGGAAGCAGUUAAGGAUAAAAGGGUUGUGGUUGCAGUGGCAUCUCACGUGCACAUAGAUGUGGCUAACAAGGAACUUUCCAGCUUUUAUCAUGUAAAGAAAUCACUUUAG